AUUCAACCCCCGUCAAGACAAGGCUAUAUAGGUUUCGAGUUCCGUUCUGAGUGAUGAAAACACAUCCCUUACAUCUUGGUCACUCUCGUAUCUCGCCUCUACCGAUUCCAACGCAACUUCAACGCCGCCGAACGCACAAUGUCCGCCGCGCCUCUCGCGCCCCGAGGGGAAGCCUCCUUCGACCUCUACGCCUACAACCCCUCCGCCGCCGCGGGCUGGGCCUUCGUCGUGAUCUUCGCUCUCGGCGCCGCGGUGCACCUCUUCCUGAUCUUCCGUCUCCGCGCGUGGUUCUUCAUCCCAUUCCUGCUGGGGUGUAUCGGCGAAGCCUUCGGCUACUACGGCCGCGCGUGGUCGCACAACCACAUCCGCAACGGCAGCCCCUACCUGCUGCAGCUGAUGCUGAUCCUGGGGUCGGCGCCGCUGCUCUCGGCCAGCGUCUACAUGACGCUGGGGCGGGUGGUGCGGGCCCUGCACGCCGAGUCGGCGACGGUCAUCCGCUCGACGUGGAUGACCAAGAUCUACGUGCUGAUCGAUAUCGGCAGCUUCGUGUGCCAGAUGAUGGGGUCGGCGAUGCAAGCCAGCGGCGACGCCGACGGGGUGCGGACCGGCCAGCGCGUGGUGAUCGGGGGCCUGGGGGUGCAGCUCGUCGCUCUGGGGUGGUUCCUCGUCGAGGCCGGCGCGGUGCAUCGCCGGCUUCGUACGAGGCCGCCGUCGGCCGCGGCGCGCGACCCUGCGGUGCCGUGGUCGCGCACGAUGUGGACGUUGCAUGCGGUCACGGGGUUGAUUACGGUGCGGAGCGUCUAUCGGCUGGUGGAGUUUUUGGCGGGCACCGACAGUGUGUUGAGUAAGAAGGAGGCGUUUUUGUAUGUCUUUGACGCGUCGUUGUUGGCUGUUGCUGUGUUUGCGUUUGCGGCGGUGCAUCCCGGGAGGAUGUUGCGGGUGGUCAGGAGGAUGGGGCAUGAUGGGUUGUUUGAUGGGGUCGUCAUGUUGGACUAGGUGCUUUACUGGGAUGUGUGGUUCGUGCUUUUGCUUCUGGACUGGCUGGUUCCGGUCUUGUGUUUGUUGCUGGCAUGGAGAUCUUUGUUUUGGAUGGGAGUUUGGGGUAUGUGUCCUUUCCAUAGGUACACAUGGAACCUUUAUUGUGGCAAGUCGGGAUUUAUUCACUUUCGAGAUCGGAUUGCAG